UUGUAUUGUCAAUGUCAUCAAUGUAUAUGGAAUUUUAUAUUUAGGAAUAACAGAAUAUCCAGUGCUAUAUAACAGGCUUGAUUGUAAUUAAACAUUUCUAACAAAUUGCAGAAAAAAACUUCUGUGGAACCUGUGAGAUUAGAAACUACAAGAUGAAUUCGGAGUGUGUAAUUGGUGAUGGAAAAAAAAUGGAAAGUCACAUAGUUACAUCUGUGCCCCCAAACCAUCGCUUCCAUGAGCCAGAGAAGGCUGUUAAAACUAUCACUGACAUGGCUGUUUGGGAGAAGUCUGAGGCAUACAUGGAAUAUACAGGAUUUAUUGCCACACUCAAUGAAUCUAUCAAAAGCAAACCUUUAUCAGUUGACUGCAAAGUGAACAACAAUGUCACACAACUACUACAUGUGCUGGAAGAGAUAAAUAACAUGAUAGAUGAGUUUCCCCCUGUUGAGCAGCCUCAAAGAUUUGGAAACACAGCUUUUAGGGAUUGGCUCGAUAAAGUCAAAUCCAACACAACAACAUUGCUACAAAAAAUGAUGCAUGAGUCCCUCCACAUUGCCAUACCAGAAAUCAAAGCUUACCUGGAGGAGAGUUUUGGCAACGCUACCAGGAUCGAUUAUGGAACAGGUCAUGAAAUGGCUUUCAUAAUGUUUCUCUGUUGUUUAUACAAAAUAGGUUUUCUUCAAGCGGAAGAUAAUGUGGCAACUGUAUUCCUGGUAUUUAACAAGUACUUAAAUAUAGCGAGGAGGUUGCAGAAAACAUACAGAAUGGAGCCGGCAGGCAGUCAUGGUGUGUGGAGCUUAGAUGACUACCAAUUUGUGCCAUUUAUUUGGGGAAGCGCUCAGCUCAUUGAUCAGCCAAAGAUAUAUCCUCCUGUCAAGUUUCUAGAGGAUGACAUCAUUGAUAAAUAUGCUGAUGAAUACAUGUUUCUUUCUUGCAUAAAGUACAUAAAAGAAGUGAAAAAAGGUCCAUUUGCGGAGCAUUCUAACCAACUAUGGAGUAUAAGCUCUGUCGGCUCUUGGGCAAAAAUCAAUCAAGGUUUAAUUAAGAUGUACAAAAAAGAAGUACUCAGCAAGUUCCCUGUGGUGCAGCAUAUCAUGUUCGGGUCUCUGCUCCCCAUACGUCGGUUCCCCCUUCAUCAGUAAACAUAAAGUUUGGACUGUAAAAGUGUAAAAUGCAAUAUGUUUGUUUGUCAGUCAGUUUCUUCAUUAUUAUUAUUUGUUCAAUUCUUCACAUAAUUUUAAUCAACUGUAUUAUACGUAUUAAUGAUUAAAUAGCAUAGUUUUCACUUUAUUAGCUUGGAUAAAAUGUCUUUAAAUCUGUGUACUUAUUGUUUAAUGAAUUAAAAAAUAUCAAAUAAAAUCUGUAUUAAAAAUGAUUAGUCAAUUAACCUUAUUAACUUUGCUUAAAUUAUUGUCAUGUGAUAUUAAUAAAUAAUAUACCUAUGUCUGAAA